GCGAACUCCGCGAGACGACGACCCGCCGCGAGUCAUCACGAGGAAAAAUAUCUGAACGCGAGGCCGCAAGUCUGCGACGCCGAGCUAGUGGUGGUGGCCUCUAUCCCAAGCUCCAGCAGUUCCCCGAUGGCGCCGGCGGCCGCGGCUGUCGCGGGGGCGCGCCCGUCGUCGCUCCCUCGACCGUCGUCGCCUCGGCGGGGACGCCUGGUACGUGCCUGCUCGUUUCCCCGCGCCGCGCCGAGCGCACGCCCCACCACAACACUUGUGUCAUCUAAACCGUUCUGCGCCGCCGGCCAUCCCCUGACGCGACGGCGGCAGGGGCGGCCGCUCUGCAGCCAGGCCGAGGUGGCGGGCACCACCGUGGACGACGACGAGGCGUGCGAGCUAGUGAGCGGUUCGGACCUCGUCAUCGGCGAGGGUGACGACAGCGUCAGCGCGUACCUCCUCAAGGCCGUCAAGAACAACAACGGCACGGGCAUCCUCCUCCUCUCCGACGUGUUCGGCUUCGAGGACUCCGCCACGCGGGACUUCGCCUACCGCGUCGCCUGCAACGGCUACAAUGUCCUGGUGCCGGACUUGUUCCGGGGCAACCCGUGGAAGCAGAGCCCCCCGUUCGACGACGACCUCUUCGCGCGGUGGCUGGCGGGGCAGGCCCCGGCGCGGGUGUCCAGCGACAUCGACGCGUGCACGCGGUGGCUGGUGGACGAGUUCAAGGCGGCGGGGGUGUCCAGGAAGCUGGGCGUGGUCGGGUUCUGCUACGGCGGCGGACGCCUCGUGGAGGCGCUGGCGCGCGACGCCGAGGGCUGCUUCAGCGCGGGGGUCUGCUUCUACGGGUCCCGGAUGGACGCGUCGCUGGGCGACCGGAUCGCGGCGCCCGUGCUGUUCGUGUGCGGCGACGGCGACCCGCUGUGCCCAGUGGAGACGGUGCGGGAGCUGGGGAGGCGCGCGAGGGGCGCCAGGGCCGCGGUGUACGCCGGCAGGGGGCACGGGUUCGCGCACCGGCCGCAGUCCGUGGAGGACGACGCCGACGCCGAGGACGCGUUCAACGCCAUGCGGGGGUGGCUGCACGACCACCUGCUCGCCUGAUCAGCCGGAGGACAUCGUCACGGUUACACGGGUUGGGUGCCUGGCGAGUGGUGGAGUACAUAGGUUUGUCGAAAAUCAGUUGGAAUCAAGAACGCUAGUGAGAGUUUGAGUGAAUUCACUAGUAAUGGCAAAAGUUUCACUUGUGCACUGACGCUGUGAACUUUUGAGAGUGUGAAUUCUAAUGUAAAAGUUACUCCUUUACUUUCAUUCCAAAAUGUGAGGUAUUUUAGUUUAGUUAGAAGUUAA